CAUCUCUGUUGCAAAGAUAAGAAAAAUAAGAAGAAAAUAAUUACAAUAAUUUAAAAGCAAAAUAUUAAUUUAUUUGAUUUUUUGUAAUCAGUUUGAGUCCUGCUUAAGCAGGAUUUGUGCUUAAAUUUGAAUUAAAGUGCUUCAAAAUUUAUUCGCCAACGACUUUUGACGCCUCAAGGGCGUUCAAAUUGGAGGAAGAUUUUGUGGGUGGCUGCAUGACCAUGUCGAUGUAUUCAUCGACGGAUAAAAUGAAAAUGUCAGCGCCAAGUUGUUUUCCAGGUCGAUAUAGUCCAUCAUAUCGAAGUUCAGAACAAAUGAGGAGAUGUAUGCCAAAUCCAUCGACUCGUUUGUUAGAAGAUGCAUCCCUUUUAUGCAAUUCAUGGUCAGCACGCCAGAAUGGUGAUAUAUUUGCUGGGAUCAACGAUGGAAUUCUUAGCAGAGCUGAAGCACUUGCGGCGGUUGACAUGGGAAAACAUCAAGCCUCUCACGUACAUCCUUCACAGAUGACCUCCCAAAUGAAACACGAUGUAAUGUACCAUCAUCAUAGCAUGGGCGGACCUCCUCAAAGACCGUUACAGAUGCACCAUUCCAUGGAUCAACUGGAUAUGCUGGAUCCAACGGGCUCAAUGACAACGCUAGCCCCCAUUUCAGAAACGCCUUUAACACCUACGCACCAACAUUUACACGGAUCCUACCAUAGUAUGAACCAUAUGAUGAGUCAUCAUCAUCCAAGUAGUUUAAGUGGACAUUCUGCGGGCCACCAUGGUCAUUCUGCAGUACAUCAUCCUGUGAUAUCGGCCGCAGUAGCGGCGGCGGGUCUACAUCCGGAUACCGAUACAGAUCCUAGAGAACUAGAAGCCUUUGCCGAGCGAUUUAAACAACGAAGAAUAAAACUAGGAGUCACACAAGCGGAUGUUGGUAAAGCACUAGCGAAUUUAAAGUUACCUGGAGUUGGGGCACUUUCACAAAGUACAAUCUGUCGUUUUGAGAGUCUUACGCUGUCGCACAAUAAUAUGAUUGCGCUAAAGCCCAUCUUACAAGCGUGGCUUGAAGAGGCUGAGGCACAGGCGAAAAACAAAAGACGUGAUCCCGACGCCCCAAGUGUACUUCCUGCUGGCGAAAAGAAAAGAAAAAGGACUUCCAUUGCGGCACCUGAAAAGCGAUCUCUGGAAGCAUACUUUGCCGUACAACCGAGGCCAUCUGGGGAGAAGAUAGCUGCCAUUGCCGAGAAGUUGGACCUUAAGAAGAACGUGGUGAGAGUCUGGUUUUGCAAUCAGAGACAAAAACAAAAACGUAUUGUUAGUAGCGUUACACCUUCGAUGACCGGGCACGGAUCGGCGGGGUUUGGUUACUGAUAGUCGUUGUUUCCUGGAGAGCACUACAUGUAGAGUUUUCAACAACACCUCCCCAACACAAGGACAUGAGCACCCCAAUCAACACCAAGCGAUGAUGACGAUGACAGAGACAGACACGGCGACGGCGACCAAGAUGAAGACGACGAAGACUAACAAGAAGACGAUGAGCGAGCGUGAGCGAGAGUGCACUUAUCCUCCUACAUCAACACCAUUCAUCAUGACAUGGAUUCACACCCUAUUUGCCAACAAUCAAAUGCGAAUAUUUAUGGAACGAUCAAUGCAAACAAUGGACCAACAUAUCAAAUGCAAUAACAUUACUACUAAUGAUAAAUUUUAUAAACUGGACACUACGACAUUCGCCUGUAUAAUAGUAAUACAUACUUCUGAGACCUUCAAGGGAUUCUGAACGUUCUUUAAUUUUAAGAAAACACAAUAAUAAAAAUAAUAAUAACACAAUGUCGUGGUAUCUAUGCUUCCUUUAGAUUAUUUACUAUUUAUUAGUUAACUACAAGAAGAUGAAACAAGAAAAGAAACCAAAAAAUAAAAAACAA